GAUAUUAAUACAGUAUAUUUUGAGCCACUGAGAAAUUCCAAACAAAAACGAUGUUCAUUUUGUAAAAGAAUUAAUUAGAGAAUGGAUUUGCUCAACAGCAGCUGCUGCCUUGGGCUAUCUCCUAAUCUUCAAAAGCUGUCUCCUUCCCGAUUCCUGGGUAGAGAUAUACUACAUAUUUGUCCCACCAAAUUACACUAUAGACAUGGAGGUUAUACAAAAGCUUUGGCUGGUCAGAAUAAUGUCAAAAAGUUGAGAAAACGACAGAAAAUGCAAAAAGAGAAGCAGGGAGUUUUAGAUGAAAUUGAAGGUCUAGAUGAGGAUAAGAUGUCUUCUGAAAUUAAUGAAGCUCAAGCUUCAGUUUUGGUCCCAUCAAGGAGUAGUGUGCUUCAAGCCUGCACUUUCACUUCUCUUUCCAUAGCUGCUUUGGGGGUUUUAAUUAGGCAGGUUUCUCAUUUUGUGUCGGGAGAGGGAUGGCCUGUUCUUGACUGUUCCGAGGAUAUAACUUUUAGUGUCGAGUCAUGGCAUUUCGGGUUGAUUAUAGGAUCAGUAAUUCUGGUAUCAUCAUGUCGUCUCUUGCUACUGAAGAUAUGGCCAGAUUUUGCAGAGUCUAGUAAAGCAGCUAAUCAGCAGGUUCUUACUUCCUUGGAGCCUCUCGAUUACUUGGUCGUAGCAUUUUUACCUGGAAUCAGUGAGGAACUUCUCUUCCGUGGGGCAUUAAUGCCUCUCUUUGGCGUUAGCUGGAUGAGUAUCUUCGCGGUUGCAGCACUAUUCGGUGUCCUGCACCUCGGAAGUGGCAGGAAAUAUUCAUUUGCAGUCUGGGCAACUUUUGUUGGGGUUGUGUAUGGUUACACGACAAGUUUUUCGUCAAGUAUCGUUGUGCCUAUGGCUUCUCAUGCGCUGAACAACUUGGUCGGAGGCAUUAGCUGGCGUCUCUCUUCAGACGCAGAUUAGUCUUGCUGUGUUCGACUGCUUGUCGGUCUCUGCGCGUGCGUGUGUGAUGAAGAGGUUCAGGAUCGCCGGAGAAGAAGAAUGGUGGUAGAGAGAUUGAAGACAGAGUUGAGUUUAAAGAGCAAGAAGAAGAUAUCAAUGCAUUCACAUAAUUGGAGAAGUGAUAAUGGUAAUACCAGGGAACAUUUUACAUUAUGUUUUUUACUUUAUCAAGAAUUUAGAAUAACAAAUUAUGCAUCUUUUUAUGGAUAUUCGAGUGAUGAA